AGUAGAACCAAGUAAAAAUCUCUCAGCUUUUUCUUUCCAUUUUCAUGGAGCUUUUCAUGGCAAUGUGUUUAUUGCCUCUGUUCUGUGCUUGUCUCUACCUCUGUAAGUUGGUUCUUCAAUGGAGGAACCAACAAUGCUACUUGCUGGCCUAUGAGUGCUACAAGGCCACCGAUGACAGGAAACUCGACACUGAGUCCUGUGUCAAAAUCAUUCAGCGGAACAAGAACCUUGGCCUAGAAGAAUACAGGUUUCUCCUCAAGACUAUUGUCAAUUCGGGCCUCGGGGAAGAAACUUACGGUCCAAGAAAUGUCAUUGCUGGCCGCGAAGAUUGCCCUAGCUUGGAAGAUGCACUGUGGGAGAUGGAUGAUAUAUUCUCUGUCACACUUGACAAGCUGUUUGACAGAACAGGAAUUUCACCUUCGAAAAUCGACAUACUUGUUGUCAAUGUGUCACUCUUCUCCCCUGCGCCUUCUCUAACGUCUAGGAUUAUAAACCAUUACAAGAUGAAGAAGGAUAUCAAGGCCUUCAACCUCUCUGGCAUGGGCUGCAGUGGGAGCCUUGUGGCCAUUGAUCUUGUGCAGAACUUGUUCAAGACAUAUAAGAAUGUACAUGCUGUUGUUGUGAGCACAGAGUCCCUUGGUCCAAAUUGGUACCGCGGCAAAGUGAAGCCUAUGAUUCUUGCUAACUGUCUUUACCGGUCAGGAGGGUGUUCUAUGCUUUUCACAAACAACAAGGCUCUCAAGCACAGAGCCCUCUUGAAAUUGGAAUGCAUUGUAAGAACCCAUCAUGGUUCGAGUGAUGAAGGCUAUGGCUGCUCCAUACAAGUAGAAGAUAAACAUGGGUUCAGGGGUUUUAAUCUCAGCAAAAGCAUAGCCAAAGUUGCUGCCAAAGCUCUUACUAUGAACCUGCGUGUGCUGGUGCGCAAAGUGCUGCCGCUGACUGAAUUGCUGCGCUAUGUGAUCAUGUCUCGCCGCCAAAACAAAGUUGCUGAGCAUCGCCGCGGUGUUGGAGCAGACGGGACAGGUUUGAAUCUCAAGGCUGGACUUGAGCACUUCUGCAUACCGCCUACAGAAGGUGCAGUUGUUAAUGGGGUUGGCAAUAGUUUAGGCCUCAAUGACUAUGAUCUAGAGCCUGCUCGAAUGGCACUUCACCGAUUUGGCAACACAUCCUCCGGUGGCCUUUGGUAUGUUUUGGGAUACAUGGAGGCCAAGAAGCGGCUUAAGAAGCGAGACAAGAUUCUGAUGGUGAGCUUUGGUGCAGGUUAUGAGUGCAAUAAUUGUGUGUGGGUGGUGUUGAGGGAUUUGCAUGAUGCCAAUGUGUGGAAAGACUGCAUAGAAAGGUACCCUCCAACAACUUUGGUCAACCCUUUCAUGGAUAGGCUUAGUUGGAUCAAUGAUGAACGCCUAAGCUUUGUCACAUUUGAGGAGGUUAUGAAUGCAGUGCGUGUAGGUGGCGUUGGACCUGGAUGAUGCCAAUGUCUGAACUGAAAAGACUGCAAAUAACAUUGGUCAAUCCUUUCAAGAGAGGUACAGAUAUUGGUUAGAUCAAAAUGAAGAAUAUUUUUCUAAGCUUUAUCUGUUCACUCAUUUUGCAUAGAAAGGCUUAGUUCUAUUCUUUCUAUGCAGCACCAUUACUUUGCAAAUUGCAUUAUGUGAGGAACUAUUCUUGUGAGCAACUAGUUUAUUUUGUAACAUAUUGCAUUUGUAAUUAUUGCCACAGAGAUUGAUGUAUUUCUCAACACAAUUUGAUGUCAGAAGCAGAACUAUCA